AUGAACGAAUCACCUCGACCCGCCGGUGACAGGUAUGCCUUGAGCUUGGAACAGAGCUUGCAGGAACUGCAAGAAAGGAUUCAGCAAUACAAGGAGGAGCUUGCAACGCUGCAACGAAAUGGUGGGCAGAGGAACGAGCAUCUAUCCAGAGCAGGAAGGGCGCCCUUUGAAGUCAUGGAGGGCGCUCUCAAGCAAGUUGCUGGCACACCCCCUUUCGUGCCUUUCUCGGACUCUGUAUUGCCCGCGCUUGUGGCCUUGCGGAAGACUCAUCAGACCAUUACGGAAUCCCGAGCGUAUCUGACCAGCCAAGAGGCCUCUCUGGACCAGACGAAACGCCGACUCGAAAAUGAGCAGGCAAAUCUGGCCGACCAGAGGCUUCUGCAGCAGAGUCUGGAGAGGCGCAUUCAGUCUCUCAAGAACGAGACCGAAUCUCGGAUGGAGUUGAUGCCCGAACAGGCAGCCAAAGAGAGACUGGACGAACUCAGGCAUUUGAAGAAGCGCUACGACAGAGAGACAUCCAGACUACUCAAGGCUCUGAGGAAGUUUAUUGACGAUCAUCUGGCGGCUCAGCUGGCUGCGGAAGACCUUGGUGGCCCGGUAGUGGGUGAUAUGAUGGAGGUCGACUCUGACCAACUGAUUGCGGGCUUCAAUGCUCAGGGCCGCCCGGCUAAGGUCAAGCUCAAGCCGGACGAAGACAAGCGACAACGGCGGCUCGAGGAAGUAUGGGGUCUGCCGCGAGAGGGCGCAAAUGAGAGGCGAGGCGAGGCGGACGAGGCAGCAGCCGCCGGCCGCGAAAUGCGGGAGCUCACAGAACAACUGCUGAAUCAACUCGUGGAGGCAGGGGGCGACAACACGGCGGCGUACGUCAAGCUGCCCAAGGAGACAGCAGCGGCGCGGUUCCUCGUCAGGUCCAAGGUGGCACAGUUCCAUCCCAGAGACGCUACGAAGCUCAAGCUGAUUGAUUUUGGGAGGGAGCUGGACGACUAG